CUGCAACUCAUUUGCAUCUUAUAUAAUUCCUCAUUUCAACCCUCUCUCCGGUUACCAAUGGCGGAACUCAAUCAAACUUCUGAUGUUGCCACCACCAACACUCGCCUGAAACCGAUUCCAGGGAAGGAGAGCCGACGUUCUCCGGCGUACCGUGGAGUUCGAAUGCGAAGUUGGGGCAAAUGGGUGUCGGAAAUACGACAACCACGUAAGAAAUCCCGUAUCUGGCUUGGCACUUUUUCAACGCCGGAGAUGGCCGCCAGAGCUCACGACGUCGCCGCCUUGUCCAUCAAAGGGAACUCAGCCAUUCUCAACUUUCCUCAACUCAAAGACUUGUUGCCACGUCCGGCGUCUGUCUCGCCACGUGACGUCCAAGCCGCCGCCGCCAAGGCAGCCACCAUGCAAGAAUUGUGUUCGGUGUCGUACUCCUCCACCGUGCAACCGCCGUUGUCCGAUCGCUAUAUAUUACCUGCCGAUGAACAUGCUUCCGGCAGCCCGGAUGAUGAAUUGGAUGAAUUCAUUGAGUUGCCGAGUUUAGAGGGGUGUUUGGAUUCCCCGGGAUCAUUGACUAAAUUGAUGGUGGUGGACUCGGUGGAUGGAUGGAUGAAUUCGUCGUGGGAAGUGGCUAGCACCGACUGUUUUGCCGCUAAUUUCUCCGACCAGGCGGCAAAAAAUCCGAGUUUCUCGACGCUCAUUUGGGACUGUUGAUUUUUUACUAUAUUUGACUAAUUUGAGAACGACAUCUAUGACACUGAAGUAUAUUUCUUUUUUCUAUUUUUUUAGCAAAUAUGUAAUUUAUGGAAAAAUGUGGAAUAGUCUUAUAAAAAAAAUUAUAUACAUGACGAAUUUGAUGGUAUAUUUGAUAAAUAUAACAUAUGGAAACGAGAACCAAAUUGAUCUC